GGAGAGUUUAAUCUUGUCUGUAGUCGUGAAUAUCUUGUAUCCACUGCUCAGACUCUUUAUUUUAUUGGAAUGAUAUUUGGAGUUUUCACUUUCGGAGUUCUAGCUGAUUAUGUGGGAAGGAAAACUGUAAUUAUUCCAUUACUUAUCUGUGUAGCAGGGUCAGGUAUUGGUACCUCCUUAGCUCCCAACUUUGAAGUAUUUAUGACAGCAAGAGUCAUCAAUGCUUUCUUUCUCAUUGGAAUCUGGGAAACACAGUUCACUUACAGUAUAGAACUAGUUGGAGGAAAGUGGAACACUAUUGUAGGAAUGGGUCUAGAGUUCUUCUGGGUGGGAGGGUGGUUAAUCUUAGCCUUACUCGGAUAUCUCAUCAGGUCCUGGCGUACACUAAUGUUGGUAGUAUCCCUCCCUUCUACACUAGCCUUUCUUCUCUACUGGUUUAUUCCUGAAAACCCCAGAUGGCUCAUAGCAACUCACAAGUUGGAGAAGUCUGAACAAAUUAUUCGCAAUGUUGGAAAAUCCAACAAAAAAGAACUUCCCGCAGAUUGGAAACUUCACCCUGUCCAGACAUCAGAUGCAGACGAUAAGAAAACAAACAUUUUUGACAUUUUUAGGACACCCAACAUGCGGUCAAAGACCUUCAUCAUUUGGUAUAAUUUCUUUGUGAAUGCAUUUGUUUACUUUGGACUAACCCUAAAUAGCGGGGAUCUGGGAGGGGAUGUCUUUAUUAAUUUCUCCUUAUCAGGUUUACUUGAGAUCCCUGCUUAUAUCCUGGCCAUCUUUGUUCUCCUCAGAUACGGAAGACGAUUUCCUUAUUGCAUCUCAAUGAUUUUAUCAGGGUUAUCUCUUCUCUGUAUUAGUCUAGUACCACAAGGUAACUGGUGUGUAAUGAUGUUAGCUCUCUUUGGUAAAACUUGCAUUACCUUUGCAUUUGCGACACUCUUCAUUUACAGCACAGAGAUAUUUCCAACUGUUAUUAGGACUGGAGCAAUUGGAAGUGCUUCUUUUAUAGGACGACUGGGCGGAAUUCUAGCCCCCUGGGUGGGGGGAUUGUCUAGUGUCCACCCCUACCUUCCAGUUUGGAUUUUUGGGAUAAAUGCUGUUUUUGCUGGAUUGUGGGCUUUCAGUUUACCUGAAACUGCGGGCAAACCUUUAGCAUACACAAUACAGGAGUCUGAGAUGCUAAAGGUUAACAGCAUUCCUUGGAAGAAAAUCAAAAAGUGUUCACCAUAGUUUUUUUUGGUUUUGCAUUUCAGUUUAUUUAGUUGUGCAUAAGUUUUCUUUGGUUCUGCAUAAGUUUUCUUUGGUUGUGCAUAAGUUUUAUUUGGUUCUGCAUAAGUUUUCUUUGGUUGUGCAUAAUUUUUAUUUGGUUCUGCAUACAUUUAUUUGAUUCUGCAUACGUUUAUUAGGUUCUGAAAAAAUCUAUUUGGUUCUGCAUACAUUUAUUUGAUUCUGCAUACGUUUAUUAGGUUCUG